AUGAAGGAGAAAUGUAAUGAAGUAAAAUCAAAAUAUUAUAAAUGUUUAAAUAAAAGUAAUAGGAACCCUGGAAAAUGUAAAUCUUUUGAAAAUGAAUUAAGGCAGUGUUCGAAAAUUACAGGGGAAUCUUACUGUAUAAAUGAAAUUAAUAAUCUCAUGGAAUGUUCAAGAUCACCAGAUCCUUCCAUGUGUUCUAAGGAAUUUGUUCUUUUUCGUGAAUGUAAUAGACCAGAUGGACCCCAUAUUUUGAUUGAGGAUAACAAAUAUGUAAUUGCAAAAGAACACUUAGACAAAUACAACGUAGGUGAAUCUAUCAUUAGCCCAAUAGAAGCUCCUGAAAGAAAUAAUGCAAAUACUGCAUCAUUCUUAGAAAAAAUGAAAGAAGUAUUACAUCUUAAAAACUUUAAAGAAAAAUUUGUUGCAUAUAAAUGGUAA